AUGGUUAAUAUCGAAGUUGCUAUUGUGCCAAAUGCCCCAUUGCCUAUAUCUGUUGAAGAUGGAGAUGUAUCCAUGGUUGGUCAAGCAAUAGGAACAAUUGUGCCAUGGCCAACGAAACUUCUUGAAUUUGUUGCUGAAUGUGAAAAGAUUCCUGGUCAAUCCCAAAACAAAGGUAACAAUAUUCAACACAGUGUUGAAUAUUCAGUUUCAUCACCCAACAAAAGUAACAAAAAAUUCAAAAUCGAAGAGUCUCCUAGAGUUGGCGGUUCAGCUGGUAUUGCAAAUUUACCUUUCCUUGAUAUGUAUGUGAAAAAGAUGAUGAGGGUUGGAUCAUUAAUUCAAAUAAAAAUGGAGGAAAGUAUAUUUGGUGAGGAGUUUUUAGAGCAACUACGUGUAGAGAGUAUAAAGGAGAUUCUUGAUCACAAUUGGUUAAGUGCAUCUAUUAUCAUUGUAUUUUCCAGGUAUUUGUAUGACAAGUUUAUUAGUCCAAAUGGAUUAAUAAAUAAGUUCUCUUUCAUAUCUCCACAUGUAUCACGGGAGGAUAAUCUAGGAAAUGGUAUAGCAAAAAUACUUUUGAAAGAUGAGGAGUUCAAGGAUAAGAUGAUUCUUGCACCUUGUAAUCUAGGGAAACAUUGGGUGUUGCUUGUCAUCAAUCUCAAUGCUGAGGUGAUAUAUUACAUGGAUCCGUUGAAUGGUGAGCCAACAAAACAUCAAAAUUUUAAAACAAAGUUUGAGAACGCUUUGCAAAUUUAUCGUGCUAAUAGUAGUUCUAAAGUGCCUAAAGUGUCAAAGUCAAAGAAAAUCUCAUGGCAAAAAAUAAAGUGUCCUCGUCAAAUUAAUGGCGUUGAUUGUGGAUACUUUGUAAUGCGAUUUAUGAAAGAGGUCAUCAUGGAAAAUGAAUUUAUGAUCCCCACAAAUUACUUUUUUGACCACAAAUGUCGUACCUACUCUCAUGAUAAGUUAACUGAGGUUAAGGAGGAUUGGGCUACUUAUGUGGUGGAUGAUGUUUUCGGAAAACAAGAAGCAAUUAUUUUGCCUAAUUAG